AUGGAAGGCCUCAUGUAUCGAGGAUCUUCCUCCAGUCGAGCAUCGACCUCUCAAGCUGGACCGUCAAGUAGACCCAGCAAACCAUCAUCCAAAAGACCCCGAGAAGAGAAUGAUUCCGUCAAGCAGGAAGACGAUGACAAACCUCCACUGCCAGAGAUGGACGAGCACUUCGUUACUUUUCGAACAGAUGUCGUGGGAGUUCAAUACUACCGAGGUCUAGUAGGAAGAGGUGAAUAUGUGAUGCUUCGAAGACAACCUGAGAAUCAAUAUGACCCGAAUGCAGUACAGGUGAUCAACGCAUCUGGUACUCAAGUUGGCCACAUCCCACGUACUGUAGCCGCCAGACUUGCAGAAUUGAUGGACAUGUCGGCCAUCACAGUCGAAGGUAGGAUGGUGGGACAGAAUCUAGAUGGGGCAAAGCAUUACAAGAUGGGAAUGGAUCUGUCAAUCUACGCUAAACCCUCCUUGAAAGAAGUCUUACAGACCGAGUUAUCUUGGGCAUUGCACGAAACGGCUGUCCAGAAACCUCCCCCUACUACUUUCACUUCUGUAUCAGGAUUCAAAGGUCAUGGGAAUUCCGGUGUAGGCUUACCGGUAGGGGACGAACCUGCUAUGAGAAAGCUGUUGAAAGGUUUGAAACAAGUUGGAGAAGAUCAGAAACAGGCAGAUAACGUCAUGGACUCGUUGACCUCUGAUAUCGAUGUUUCGAAAUUACCCCUUCAUCCUAAUCCACCGGGAAUUGCGAAUGGUCAACUGAACACUGAUAUUCUACCUCAUCAAUCUCAAGCUUUGAAAUGGAUGAUCGAAAGGGAAAAUCCUACUUUGCCUAAAUCACCGGGAGAUAAGCAAGUCCAAUUUUGGGUUAAACAGAAAGGUGAUCAUAAAGACUAUUUCCUCAAUGUCGCUACGAAGACACCGCAGUAUGAUGAACCGACUCUUGGAAAAGGUGGAAUUAUUGCUGAUGGGAUGGGCUUGGGUAAAACACUUGCUAUGCUUUCUUUGGUCUUGGCUACGAAGAAAGAUAAAGGACCCACGUUGAUUGUCUGCCCACUCUCCGUGUUAAGCAAUUGGGAAAAGCAAAUUGGAGAUCAUGUCGCUCAUAGUCAAAUGACACAUUAUACUUAUCAUGGAGCUUCUAAGGGAGUUACAGCGAAGACAUUGGACCAAUAUGAUGUGAUCAUCACGACUUACAAUGCUGUAGCGGCCGAAGCGGCUAUCGAGCCACCAAAGAACGGAAGUCCAAGUAAGGGAAAGAAAGCCAAGACUUCCGCUACCGGUGCUGGACCGCUGUUCAAGGUGAAAUGGAAGAGAAUAGUGGCCGAUGAAGGUCAUGUACUGAGGAAUCCAAAAGCUAAAAUGACCCAGGGUUUCGCUGCUCUCCAAGCUGAAAGAAGAUGGAUCUGUACCGGUACCCCUAUUGUCAAUUCCCCUAGUGAUCUUGGCUCGCUUCUCACCUGUUUGAAAGUCUGUAAACCCCUGGACCAGCCUGACUACUUCAAAACCCUCCUUCUUCGACCACUCAAGCGAGGAGAUCCGACUGCAGCUAGAUUACUCCAAGCUCUUGUCGGUGAAGUCCUUCUCCGUCGAACGAAAGACUCGAGGGACUCCAAUGGACAGAAACUCAUUGAGUUGCCUGGGAUUGAGUAUUUCCGAGUUGGUGUCAAGCUUGAUGAGGAUACUAGGAAAGUGUAUGAUGAGAUUUUGGAAGGUAGUAGACAGAGGUUCCAGGAGGCUAUGGAAACUGGACAGGGGACCGCCAAUGUUUUGAGUAUGUUGACUAGAAUGCGUCAACUGUGUCUCUCUGCUCAACUCGUCCCUCAAUCAUUCCUUGAUGAUCUUCGUCGUCCUGUUCCGAAAGCGCCAACUGGUCCAGCGAUAUCGAUUUCCUCUUUGACUCCAGAGAAGAAAGAAGAGCUUAUCGCUAAACUCCGACAAUACGUUGAAGAGGACACGGAAUGUGGUGUUUGCUACGAUGAAGCUGAAUUUGUGAAACGACCUUGUAUAACAGAUUGUGGACAUGCUUUUUGUUACCCAUGUAUCGAACGAGUUCUCCUCUCUGCUCCUCUGUGUCCGAUGGACAGACACCCUAUAGGUUUACCUUCGAUCCUGGAGCUUCCACCGGAUGAUACACCAGACUAUGUCGAUCCCCUCGAAUCCUCUCAGGCGGACAAAUCACUCUUACCUGUAAAAUCAGCCAAGAUCGACGAAUUGGUAAAAUACCUGAAAGUCUUUCCUGGAGAUGAGAAGACUUUGGUGUUUAGUCAGUUCACAAGUUUCUUAGAUCAGGUGGCAUUGAGAUUGAAAGAGGAGGGGAUGGGCUGGACGAGGUUCGACGGUAGGAUGAAUGCUUCCAAGAGACAACAAGUCAUCAGCGGAUUCCAAAGACCCAUCACGCCAAAAAACGCCAAAUCAAGUCCCAGAGUUAUGUUGAUUUCGUUGAAAUCUGGUGCAGUGGGGUUGAACUUGACUGCUGCUUCGAAUGUGUUUUUGUGUGAUCCAUGGUGGCAGAGUGCGAUUGAAGCUCAAGCUAUUGAUAGAGUACAUAGGAUGGGACAAAAGAAGGAAGUCAGGGUGUUUCAGUUGAUAGCUGAAGAUACGGUUGAAUCAGCUGUAUUGGAUAUCCAAAAGAGGAAAGAUGCUCUAGUAGCUAAGGCAUUUGAAAAAUCCAGUAAAGAAAGUAAGAUGACGAAGAAAGAAGCUAGGUUCGAGGAACUGAAAGAGCUGUUGGGAGUGAGUUGA